AUGCUCCCAAAAGUUCUUCUUCUGCAUCUUUCUUUCUUUUUCGUUUUCUUCUUUCUUUCUUUCUUUCUUUCUUUCUUUCUUUCUUUCUUUAUUCUUCUUUUUUCCUUCUUUCUUUCUUUUUCGUUUUCACUUUCUUCUUCUUCUUCAUCUCUUUCGUUCUUUCUUUCUUUCUUUUUCGUUUUCGUUUCCUUCUUCUUCUUCUUCUUCUUCUUCUUCCUUUCUUUCUUCUUCUUCUUGUUUCUUUUUCGUUUUCGCUUUCUUCUUGUUUCUUUUUCGUUUUCGCUUUCGUCUUCUUCUGUUUUUUUUCUUUCUUUCUUUGUUGUUUUCAUCUCCUUCUUUCCAUCUUUCUUUCUUUCGCGUUUUCGCUUUCUUCUUCUUCUUCUUUCUUUUUUCCUUUCUUUUUCGUUUUUAAAUGUUUCCUUCUUCUUUUUUUCUUUAAAAUUCUUUUCUUCUUUCUUUUCGUUGUCCCUUUUCUUCUUCUUCUUCUUCUAUAUAUAUCCUCCUCUUUCUUUCUUUCUUUUUAAAUUUUCGUUUUUAAUAAAAUGUGUCUUUCUUUCUUUCUUUCGUUAUUUCUUCUUCUUUCUUUCUUUUCGUUUUCGCUUUUUUCUUCUUUUUCUUCUACUUCUUCUUCUUCUUUCCUUUUUUCUUUCUUUUUCGUUUUCGCUUUCUUCUUCUUCUUCUGUUUCUUUCUUUCUUUCUUCCUUUCUUUUUCGUUGUUGUUUUCGUUUCCUUCUUCUUUCUUUCUUUGUUUCUUUCUUUCUUUUUCGUUUUCGCUUUCUUUUUCUUCUUCUUCUCCUUCUUUCUUUCUUUCUAAUCAUUUAG